AUGUCGUAUAUUGAGUUUAUCGUAAAUUUAACAGCCGGAGAUUUGCAUUCAGGAAAUAUAUUAUAUUCUAAAGAUAAUGAUUCUUGGCAUAUUUGUGAUUUUGGAUUUUGUGAACCUGCUGAUAAACCAUUAGAAAGUGUAUAUGGAAAUCUUCCUUACGUGGCACCUGAAGUUUUUAAUAGUAAAAAAUAUACAUUUGCUUCUGAUAUUUAUAGCAUUGGUAUACUUAUGUGGGAAAUUUCAUCCGGACUACCGCCUUUUGCUAAUUUAAAUCAUGAUUAUGAUCAUGUGAUGAAAAUAAUGAAUGGAAUGAGACCAAAAUUAGUACCAGAAACCCCAUUAGAUUAUGCAAAUUUAAUGGAACAAUGUUGGGAUGCUGAUCCAUUGAAACGACCAAAUAUUCAUUAUCUUAGUAUAAAAAUUACUGAAAUAGCAAAACCGAAGUGUAUAUCGAAAUCUUCUUACAUAGCACCUGAAGACAUUAUUGGAAAUGGAUAUUAUACAUUGCAUCCGAUAUUUAUAGAGAUUUCUUCCGGACAACCACCUUUGUCGAUUUGA